AUGCAGUGCUGUCCUGCGGUGCCCGGUCGCGACGGUUUGGCCACGCGAUAUUAUUCCGGUUGGCAACAGGUCAACCAUCUCGCUGGAGUAUUCUGGCGUCGUUGGAUAAGGGAAUAUCUGCUAACGUUGCAGGUGCGUACCAAGUGGCUCAGAGCAAGUCAAGAAUUGGAACGAGGGAACUUAGUUCUGGUUUCUGGUGAGAACCUGCCUCGAGUAGUGGAUAGUUGUGAGGCGAGCCCAGAUAAAUUAGUGAGAACCCUGCAUGUUAGAACGGCGGUCGGAGUUCUUAAGAGAGAUGCUGGAAAGGGGUAUUUACUGGAGGGAUGCGAUUGUGCUUCUACUCCAUCGAAGUCGGCACUUGUGGCAGGAGUGGACUCUGACCAUUGGUUUCGAAACCCAGCUCCGACUUUGUUUUUCCUACCCGGAGGUUCUGGUAUUACGCGUCACUCGAAGAUACCGUUCGACCGUUACAGAUAUCGUGUGGCUUAA